AUGGAUUCUACUGGUAAUGACAUGGAGUUGAUCGAAAUUCCAGUUGAUACACAGCAACCAUCUGCUGAGCUGGAGGAAGACAUCGAACCGAUUUCAGAUACAGAUAAUGCAACAACGAAUGUUGCUAACAUCGAUGACUCGGUAAAAGCAUCGGCAUCUACAUGGAAUCUAAAAUGUGAUCGUUGGACAGUACCAAGUUCGAUCAUUUCGGUCGUGGUAUUUUUCCUAUUUACAUGUGUUGUAAUGACAAUCGGGAUCUUAAUAGUUUGCUUUACUUCACCAAAACAAAAGGCUCAAACAUGUGAGAUGAACUUCUCACCAACUCUGACAAAUCCAAUUGAAUACAAUUAUGGUCCACAAUCGGUUGCCGUUGGCUAUUUCAACAACGAUACUUGGAUAGAUAUGGUUAUUGCCAACUCCAUCGUUAACAACAUAGCUAUUUAUUUUGGAUAUGGCAACACCACUUUUUCGAAACAAAUCGAAUAUUCUACUGGUUUAUAUUCUACUCCAUCGAUGGUUGCUAUUGGUGAUCUCAAUAAUGAUGCUCGAUUCGAUAUUGCAGUGGCAAACUUUGGUACUAAUAAUAUUGGUAUGUUUAUCGGAUUUGGAAAUGGAUCGUUCAAGAGUCAAAUAGAACUUUCAACUCAAUCCUCACGUCCAGUCUCGAUUACUUUAGUUGAUUUUAAUAAUGACACAUUAAUUGAUAUUGCCACUGUCAAUUAUGGAACUAAUAGUAUAAGUAUAUUCUAUGGAUAUGGAAAUGGAGCCUUUUCGAUUCCAAUAACAUAUUCAACUGGCUAUGAUUCUCUUCCAGCUGCAUUAGUUACGGGAUAUUUCAAUAACGAUAACUAUCUUGACAUUGUCGUUGC